AUGGCUCCUCCUAUGGCUCCUGGAGAACCGCGCAAGGCGCCCAAGCCGCAGCCCAUGGGCAACUUUCCCUUGGUCGUCCUGCUGACGGUUUGUAUGCUGUGCAUACUGUUCGUGCUGUGGCGGAGAGCUUCGGAGCUCAGGACGGUGGUCUCACAUCAAUUGAAGACGUGGUCAGGGAGAGAAGGCAACAUACGACUGUCAGAAGAUAACGCACCGCCUGCGAGGGAGUUUCUUGAUGAUGACUAUGAUGAUGAUAACGCUGGGCUAGAGGAUGAUGAGCCGCUUGCGUAUCGCGCUGAACAGCUGCGUAUGGCUGGGACGCCGCGGCCAGAUGGAGUCGAGCUGACUGAGCAAGGAGCGCCCCUGCCAGUGCCGCGGAAGGUUGCGGCUUGAUGAUCGUCGGAUACUUAGAGAAGGGACAUUUCUGUACGUAUCCGGUGUAAUAUGCAUCCAUGCACUUCAGAUAUCUUUGUUUUUCAAAGAAAAACCCUAUUUACG